CCCAGCUCAGCUUUCUUAGGUGGAGAGGGCCAUGUGUGCAAACGGCCGGAGCGUGCGGUGGGCAUGCGUGUAGAACGGAAGCCGGGUAGGAUCUGGACUUGCGGCAAGGAGGUAACUCAAGCGUGAGCUUGUUCACAUGAAAUGGAUAUAUAGCGCCUGUUUGUGUGGAAGCACAACAUUUCGCUGGCCCUGUCCCGUCCAGCGCUUAACGAUGUGUGUACUUGAAUGCGACUCUGAUGCGACCUUUCCGCUUCCGGCGUCCAACGUUGUGACGUCGAGGUACCCACGCCUUGCACGUUGGCUCCUCGCGUGAAAUUCGACAACGAUCCGGCUUCAAUUCUUCCACUCUCGUGGCCGUUGAACUCGGGAUCCCCUCCGUGUACUGUGUCUUGACACGAUAUACCCUCUACACAUCAUAGUUCUCCUGUCAAUUGGGCCCGCGGACAUCGUACAGCUUGGAGCGGUCACCAGAUCGCGGGGACCGGGCCUUCCGCAGCCAUGCCCUACGCAAGAAUAAUUGCUCCGGCUCGCUCGUCAUCUCGAGCUCUCGGCCAAGCCUUUCGACCCUCUCUACGGCUGCACAGCUUUUCGUCUCGACCUGCGAAUUCCCAGAUACGCCUGCUAGGCAGCGUGAAGCAGCCGAACGGGCGUGCUUUCCGACGCCCACGACCCCAGUUCUUCACUCACUCCACCCAGUCCGUCCGACAGUUGCACGCUAAGCAAUUACCCAAGUACGAGUCUCCGCUUCUGCUCUUCUGCUACCGUACCGCCGCGUGGCUUGGUAUUAGCAUCUCCGUUGUCACUGGCGCUAUCGUGCUGUUCUUCAUCUACGAUGCGACGACGUACAAGAUCGAUCCCGAAGUGGACGAGCUAGAGAUAUCCCAGAUAGCUCUCAGCCCCAGAAGAGGUGGGCCAAAAAAUCUGCCUAUAGCAGAGCAUCUGAUCGAUGAUGACGAGACGCCGGAAAAGAAAGCUCAAAAACAUAAGCCCAAGCUUGUCAUACUCGGCACCGGUUGGGGCAGCGUUGCCUUGCUAAAGACGCUGCACCCAGAUGAGUAUCACGUCACCGUCGUCUCCCCCUCCAACCACUUUCUCUUCACCCCGAUGCUUCCGUCUGCUACAGUUGGUACAUUAGAGCUGCGUUCGCUUGCCGAACCCGUGAGGAAGAUCGUGGCAAGAGUGAAGGGUCAUUUCCUCAAGGCGACUGCUGAAGACGUUGAAUUUUCAGAGAAACUGAUCGAGUGUUCGUCCAUUGGUCCAGAUGGCAAGGAGAGGAGGUUCUACUUGCCUUACGACAAGCUCGUUCUGGGCGUCGGCUCCGUCACGAACCCGCACGGUGUCAAGGGGCUUGAAAAUUGCCAUUUUCUUAAGGAUAUUUCGGACGCUCGUCUCAUUAGGAAUUCCGUCGUGCGGAACCUAGAAACAGCGUCGCUUCCAACAACUACGGACGAGGAACGCAAGCGCCUGCUGUCUUUCGUAAUCAGCGGUGGCGGGCCAACGGGUGUCGAAUUCGCAGCCGAAUUGUACGACAUGCUUAACGAAGACCUUACCAGGUGGUUCCCCAAACUUUUGCGUUCUGAGAUCUCGGUGCACGUUAUUCAAUCUCGCAGCCACAUUUUGAACACGUACGACGAGACGCUGUCGAAGUACGCUGAGCAGCGCUUUGCCCAUGACUCCGUCGAUGUCCUGACCAACUCGCGUGUCAAGGAAGUUUUCCCCGACCGGAUCCAGUUCACUCAGAAAGACGAGAAUGGCAAUGUCAUCGUGAAGGAGCUCCCGAUGGGCUUCUGUCUUUGGUCGACCGGCGUCUCGCAGACAGAAUUCUGUCAGCGUCUAGCCAAGAAACUAGAUGGCCAGAACAACCGCCAUGCGUUGGAGACAGACACGCACCUGCGACUUGUCGGCGCACCUUUGGGAGAUGUCUACGCCAUCGGUGAUUGCGCUACGGUCCAGAACAAUGUUUCGGAGCACAUCAUAACCUUUCUCCGUACGCUGGCUUGGGAACACGGCAAAGAGCCUCAGAACAUGAAGAUAACAUACGGGCAAUGGCGCGAGGUCGCCAAAAAAGUCAAGAAGCGCUUUCCCCAGUCAGGCGACCAUCUUAGGCGCCUUGACAAGCUCUUUGAAGCCUACGACAAGGACAAGUCCGGCACCCUCGAUUUUGGCGAGCUGCAAGAGCUGCUCAGGCAAAUUGACAGCAAGCUGACAAGUCUGCCCGCAACAGCACAGCGGGCGCAUCAGCAGGGUCAGUACCUGGGUCGCAAAUUCAACAAGAUGGCGCACUCGGCACCCGGCUUGCAACUGAACGGCGUGGACUACGGCGACCUUGACGAAGCGGUGUACAAGGCUUUCGAAUACAGACACCUUGGCUCGUUGGCGUACAUUGGCAACGCCGCCAUCUUCGACUUCAACGGAAUGAACUUUGGAGGUGGGCUGAUCGCCGUGUAUCUGUGGCGCAGCAUCUACUUUGCCCAGAGCGUGAGCCUGCGCACGAGAAUUUUGCUCGCCAUGGAUUGGACGAAGAGGGCCUUGUUUGGUAGAGAUCUGAUGAACUUCUAAAUCCGUCGACAUGGUCAUAGAGCCGAUAGAGGCGGUCUGUCUAGAGGGUGCAAUUUUCCUUUUUUUUUUUUAAUUGUGUCAAGAGCGUGAUUUUUCGAGCUUUUGUCAAUGCUUUUUGCCUUUGCAUAGAGAGAUUAUAUAUACUGUACAUAAAAAUCUGCUAGAGAUUUGAAAUCCGGCGACGAAAAGGAGUGUCUCCACGCCGCGUGGUAGGGGCGUUCAUCUGCGAUCCGGUGCUGGGCCUCGUUCAUUGCGUCCCGGUGUCUCGUGAAGGACAAAGCUUUCGACGCGACAUCUUCGUUACGUCCUUGCGCGCUUCUUCACCUUUUCGACCAAGGCGCUGAGCUCGGCUCCGUCGCUUCGGACCCUCUUCUCAUUCCUCUUUGCGUCUCCGCCGACCGCUUCG